GAACAGUGAGAAACUCCGUUCAAUUGGGGAGUACACAAUAGAGUAGAAUGGCUGCUUCUCUCUCGAACCAAUCCCUGUUACUCGGUUGUUGUUCAUGUUCUUCCGCUUCAUUCUCUUCAAACCCCUUUCAAUCUCGAUUACAACCCAAUUUCGCACGUUUUCCAUAUCGUCCCUUUCACGCAUCCUCAACUAUCUUAGGGUUUCCUGCCCCCCUUUCCUCUCUCAACCGAACCGAACUCUUCAAAUCCUAUCUCGCUUCUCAAGAUUCCAUUCCAACGACAAAUGAUGACACAGAGGAGACUCAGAAUGAUACAAGAGUGAAAAAUGAAGAUAAAAAACCUUUAACCAGCUUAGUGGUCCUUUUUGAGGAAUACAAGAAAUCCUUUCUCAAUGGCAAUGAAAAGACUGCAUCACAGAUUGAAGAAAGAAUACAAUCAAAGGCAAAUAAAAAGAAUAAAUUGAGUCAGAAAGUAUCUAGUCUAUCGGCAGAUAAAGUUUCUUGUAAGGAGCAAUAUCUUCGCUUACAAGCAGAUUUUGAUAACUUCAGGAAGAGAUGUGACAAAGAAAGAAUUAGCAUCCAAUCAGAUGCCCAACUAGAAUUCAUUAAAAAGCUUUUGUUCAUGGUCGACCAUUUUGAGAGAGUCAAACAACAAAGUGAAGCAGCAACGGAGAAAGAGAAGAAGAUUGAUGCGAGCUAUCAAAGUAUUUACAAGCAAUUUGUAGAGACUUUGAGGAGCCAUCAUGUUUCUGUGGUAGCAACAGUGGGCAAGCCUUUUAAUCCAUUGCUACAUGAAGCCGUUGCACGUGAGGAGUCUGACGUGUUCAAGGAAGGGAUUAUUAUUAAAGAAUCCCGACGAGGUUUCUUGCUCAGAGAUAAGGUUUUAAGGCCAGCACUUGUGAAGGUUUCCUUAGGUCCUGGGAAUAAGAAAUCUUCAGUAGCACCUGCCAAGUCCUUGGAGCAAACAGCUGCUAGAAUUGAUGAAAGAUAAUCUCUUGAACUUUAAUUAUCUCGUAUUCAUCAAAUGCCUAGUCCUACUUGCUUACCUGGUAUAUUGUUAUUGAUAAACUCGAAAUGUUUCUGUUUAACUAUCGAAAUGUUGGCCCAAGGGGAUUAUUAUCCAUUCCUUGUAGUGUGGAUCUCACCAGUUUUAACUUGUGUCCAACUGCACUGCAAUUUUUUUGACUCAUCGUGGAAAAUUGAUGAAUUUAUUGGGCAAUCCAUUUUUACAAGCCAGAAAUUGUUCUUUCUUGAAA